AUGCACGCUACGGGGAAGCCGCUCUGGCUUGUCUCCCCCCGCCUCGAUGCUAUAGAAUACAGAGAAAAGCUAAUGGGAAGCGUCGUCAAAUUCCCUGACCUCCCUAUCGAACGCCGCAUCCCCUAUCGCUCUCCGAAGCUGCCCAAAGAAAUCGUGCCCGAUUUGGACCCCAAGCCCGUGCAGGUACAGAAUGUGCGCUUCUGGGAAAGGAACAUCCACGAUGCCUCCUUGAAGACCACCGUACAGGACAUCAUCAAUGCCUUCGUCGACCGAGCCAAGGAGCACAGCAACGAAAACGUCGCCACUGUCGCCCGAGUCUGGCACAUGGACUCCCCGGGGGAGAAAUUCAAGGAUCUCCUGCGGAACAAGCAGUACUUCGACGAGCUAUUCGAGCUUCUCCAGAGCAACCACGGCGUCGGAUACUUCAUUUCAGACAUCGUUACGCUGGUCAACCUUGAGGAGACGCAGAUUCACGGUUCUAGCAAGGCGGCAGGCGCCUCGGUCCAAGUACCCGUGGAUCCAAGCACGGGCAUCAAAGUCGGCGCCGGGGCGAAAUUCGGCGUUCUCCGUGAAAAGGGUCACUCGGCGUGUUACGAAGGCGAAUCCAUCGUGUUUAUGGGAUACCGCAAGAUCGAGCUGGAAAAGGUGACGGGUGCCCGCGCCAAGCUGCGCCGCAUGUUCCAGGGCCCCAAGCACGGAGUGGCCAUCAUGGAUAGACACGACUAUGCACCACAGCUGGUCGAGGGCCCAGUUCCAGGCACUGUCGGACCGUUCCUCGGGGAUGUACCAAAGACGCCUGGUGAGGAAACAACAGCGGCGGAGCGUGAGGAACUAGAGAGGCAAGCUAGAGAGGAGAAUGAGCUUGGAAGUGCCAUGGAUGCGAUAGCAGAGGAAUUGGGCUUUGACCCUGUCGUCGGCUGGGACCACGCACAGCAAGGAGGUUCGUCGAGGGACGGCUGA